AUGGCCCUACUGAAAUCUAAGACCACUGAAAUACCCCAAGAUGCUGUAGUCCUCAGUGAAAAAGAAGCGGUAAAAUAUCAACUAGAUAUCAUAAAAAAUUGGCCUAAAACGUCUCAAGUAUUUUGCUUGAAAUAUGGCCCUCAUAUUCUGGCAGGAGCAUCCUUACUAACCGGCGCCUAUUACAACAACUAUUUCAGGCGCAAAUUUAUGCUGGGCCAUUACGGAAGAAUGGCCACAUACUUGCCUAUAUGCUUUGUUCCUCUGACUCUAUCGGCAAUAUUGCAUACAGAAUUGGUAGUUAAAGAUGUUCUUUUAAUGAAAUCCUAUACUUGUCCUGUUUGUUUGCAAUCAAGAGCGGCAGCUUUACAAGCAAUCAUUGGAGGAAUUUAUCCUUUGAUUAUGGCACCUAUAGGGUGCUCAGUGUUGGCUGUAAGAUAUGUAACUUAUGAUAUGCCAUACAUUACAGAUAGCCCGAAGCAAGUUUUUAAUAUUUACAGUAAAAUGUUAAGCAAAAUACAAACAAAGACGCUGUAUUGGUUUAUAGCACAAGCAUUCUUAGCUUCAAUUAUUACGCAUUUUGAAGUGAAGAAUUUGUUCACGAUAACCACAGAGCUUAGAAAACAAGAAGAAAAAGCUUUGUGGAAUUGA